ACUAACAUUUCAAUGCCAAGUCAUGUGUGUAUAUUUUUACAUUAGUCUUAUUGAAUGAACCAGGACUUGCGUGUGUUUAUGACUUAAUCCGUGCUAAUGUUUAAGAAAAGAUCUUUAAUUCCUCUUUUCCAGUUCCGACACGUUUAGAUCUUAAAAUAUCUUAAAAUUCAAUACUGUGUCAAUGUUUAUUUUUACAUUGCAGUAUAAUAUGUGGAUAGAACGGAUGUCUAAAAAUGUCUAAAUGAAUGUAAAUUAAGUACCAUUUCUUUCCGGAGAUUAUUACUUAUAUAUUUGAACUGGAUUUUAAGAGAUAAUAUGUGCUAUCUAAUUUGACUACAAAAAUAUGGCGAAUUCGACCUCCGCUACAACCACGAAUAUAACUACACCACUUUACUACACAGAAUCACCUGAGCAACAGCAAACAGAUUUCUGGAUCGGUCUUGGUCUUGCGGUCGGUUCGAGUUUCUUUAUUGGCACGAGUUUUAUUCUACAGAAGCUCGGACUUCGUGCAUCGGCCGCUAAGCAGGGUGUUGGUGCAGGUGAAGGAGGUCACAAAUAUUUGCUGCAAUGGAAAUGGUGGUUAGGGAUGUUGUUGAUGGCUCUCGGGGAAGGAUGCAAUUUUGCGGCAUUUAUUUUUGCCCCGGCAACACUCAUCACGCCGCUUGGUGCGCUUAGUGUCAUAUUCAGUGCUGUUUUAGCGUCCUAUUUUCUCGACGAAGGUCUCAAUCUGCUAGGUAAACUGGGGUGUGUCUUGUGUGUCCUGGGGUCGACCACGGUGGUGCUUCACUCCCCCAAGUCAGCGGAGAUUCAAAACAUGCAUGAACUUUUAGAGAAACUUAAAGAACCAGUUUUCAUCUUGGCAGCAGCUCUUGCUAUAAUAUUUCUUGCUCCAAAGUACGGCAGGUCAAACGUUGUCGUGUACGUUUUUAUUUGCUCAACGUUAGGCGCGUUAACGGUGAUGGGUUGUAAGGGAUUAGGCGUUGCGUUAAAGGAAACGUUCGCCGGCCGUAACGAAUUCACAAACUGGCUGACGUACGUUAUGAUCGGAGUAGCUGGUGUAAAUAUUGUCUUUCAGAUAAAUUUUCUUAACAAAGCAUUAGACAAUUUCAAUACAGCCGUCGUGACGCCAACGUAUUACGUCAUGUUUACGUCAUGUGUGACGAUAAUCUAUUUGCUCAUUGUCUAUUUAUUUUAUUUUAUUAUUGUUUCCAAUACUGUUACGCCAGUAUUUACAACGAAAAUGGCGACAAACACAACCAUGUCUACACCUCUUACAACAACGCCAAUGUUGCCUAUAAAUACUACAGAAAACAUAUCAACAACGACAUUAUGGACUCAUAUGCCACGAGAAGAAGCCCUUAGAGAAUUCUGGAUCGGUCUGGCGCUUGCAAUAACUUCCGCGUGCUUUACCGGAAGUAGUUUUAUAUUGAAAAAGAAGGGACUCCUUAAUGCCUCUCAAAAGGGCUCACGUGCCGGAGACGGAGGUUUCGCUUACCUGAAACAGUUUCUCUGGUGGAUGGGAAUGAUAUUAAUGAUUGUUGGUGAGAUAAUGAACUUUUUAGCAUACCUGUUUGCCCCUGCAACUCUAGUCACACCCUUAGGAGCCCUCAGUGUAAUAACAAGCGCAAUGAUGGCGUCCUACUUCUUGAAGGAGAAACUCAACCUGUUAGGCAAACUCGGCUGCAUGUUGUGUGUUCUCGGGUCAACCCUCAUAGUCGUCCACUCUCCGGUAGAGCAAGAGAUUCAAACCAUGGAAGACCUGCUAGACCGUCUGCUUGAGCCAGGAAUUAUUAUUCUGUCCGUAGCACUCAUUGCUAUAGCUUUAGUGUCAGUUAUUUUCCUUGCUCCAAAAUACGGACAAAAGAAUGUGCUUGUGUACGUCACAGUAUGCUCGACCCUCGGGUCGUUCACGGUCAUGGGGGCCAAGGGCUUUGGUGUUGCCAUUAAGGAGACCAUAAAUGGAAGAAACGAGUUCACAAACUUUCUAACCUAUGUUAUGGCGGGAAUUGUGAUUGCUUGUAGCUUAGUUGAGCUUGUUUACCUCAACAAGUCUCUUGACACUUUUAACACAGCGAUAGUCACGCCCACUUAUUACGUAUUAUUUACGUCAUGCGCUGUGAUGUUCUCUUUGGUCAUGUUCAAAGAAUUCGGAACUAUGAGCACAGAAGACAUUAUUGGAGCAAUCAUAGGCUUUAUGGUUAUAUGUUGUGGAAUAUUUCUCUUAAAUGCGUUUAAAAACAUGGAUGUUUCCCUGAGAAACCUUCCAAAAGCGCACAAGAGGACGACAUCUCACAGCUCACAAAAUGGUGACGUCAUGACAUCUGUAUCCCAUGACGACCACCAUCUUCUCGAGGACAACGAGAAUCACAGCCAUGACGAGGAAAAUCCACUAGAUGACCGUUCUAUAGUGUUUGCUGAUGAUCCAAAACUGUACGAUCAUGAACCGAAAACUUACCAAGAUGACAUUAAAUUGACAACAGAUUCAAACAGUAACAUAUCAAAUAGUAAUUUAAAUACUAGUCUAGUUUUAGAUGAUUAAGUCAAAUUAUAAACCUUUACUCAUUCAAGGAAAACUAUUUUAUGUCUUUAAUUCUAUAUUCCAUAUUUUAUUAUUAUUGUUGUUGUUAUUUUAAACUUUCAUUGAGUUCCUUUUAUAGAAAUUUC